AUGGUCGGCGGGAAACACAACAUGCCAGACAGGUCAAGCCAGUCCGGCAAAGGGAAAAAGGGAGGACGGAAGUACCAGCAGAGCAAGGGACCCUCACUCGAGAGCGGUGACUGGGGCGUGUUUGUCACCUGCGAUAUCGGCAAAGAAGGCAAAUGUAUCGCCGAGACGCAGGAUGUCUUCUCGCAGUACAUGGAAGCCACUGCACCACCCGCAGAGAACGAGGACACCGAUUCCGAUGACGGCGACAUCGAAGCCCAGAUCCGAAAGGAGCUCGAAGGCCUGAAGCCAAGCGCAGCCAAACCGCGCUCCAUGCAGCCCAUUCGGUUCGAUAUGCCCUGCGUAACAUUCAUGCGCCUCGACAAAUCAAUCGAUCCCGUCCAGCUGGUCCACCGGUUGUGUACCGAAGCGCAGGCGAAUCCAACGACCAAAACGAGCCGUUGGAUUCAGCGCAUGACGCCCGUGACUGAGAUUCGGAAGACUCUCCGCGUGGACUUGGAGGCGUUUGCCAAAGAGAUCCUCGCGCCUCAUUUCCAUUCAGGGGGGCCGCCGAAGAAGUACGCCAUCCGGCCAACGAUACGGGGCAAUGACAAGUUCGGCCGCGAUGUGGUCAUCAAGACCAUUGCCGAUGUGGUUGGUAAAGAGCACCCGGUCGAUCUGACGAAUUACGAUCUGGUCAUUCUGGUGACGGUCCUCCAGAACGUUAUCGGCAUGAGCGUUGUGGGGAGCGACUACGAUCAACUGAAACGAUACAAUCUGGCCGAAAUCUACGCGCCAACGCCUAAACCCAAAUCAGGAGAGAGCUAG